AUGCGUAGUCCGCACCGGGGUCUCAGGGAGUCCGGUUAUGAGGACAGCGGAACGCCCCGACAGGAGCGCGGCGCCUCCGCCGCCUCCCGGGUGUCCCUGUGGCGGAGACGGCGACCCCCGCCGGACACCUCGCUCCCCCCUCCCCCCCCCCGGCCCGGCCCCCUCGGCGGCGCACAGGGGCAGGGCCCCGCUCCCGGACCGAGCGGCCCCGCGGGGGCGGCGGAAAUCGCCACGGGGGCCGCGCCGCGGGGCCGCGGGGCACCCUGGGUGGGCUCCGUGCCGUCCUCUGACCACGCUGCUCUCCAUUCAGGUAUCUCCCGGGACAACUGGCACAAGCGUCGCAAGACUGGGGGCAAGAGGAAGCCCUACCACAAGAAGAGGAAGUAUGAGUUGGGGCGACCUCCUGCCAACACUAAGAUUGGCCCACGCCGAAUUCAUACAGUGAGGGUUCGUGGUGGAAAUAAGAAAUACCGUGCCCUUCGGUUGGAUGUUGGCAACUUCUCCUGGGGAUCGGAAUGCUGCACUCGCAAGACCAGAAUCAUCGACGUCGUCUACAACGCUUCCAACAAUGAACUGGUGCGGACAAAGACCCUGGUGAAGAAUUGCAUCGUUCUCAUUGACAGCACCCCGUACCGGCAGUGGUAUGAAGCCCACUAUGCCUUGCCCCUUGGACGCAAGAAGGGUGCCAAACUGACUCCUGAAGAGGAGGAAAUCUUGAACAAGAAGCGUUCAAAGAAGAUCCAGAAAAAAUACGAUGAGCGAAAGAAGAAUGCCAAGAUAGCGAGUAUUCUUGAGGAGCAGUUCCAGCAGGGAAAGCUACUUGCCUGCAUUGCCUCUAGACCUGGACAGUGUGGCCGAGCCGAUGGCUACGUGUUGGAAGGCAAGGAAUUAGAGUUCUACUUGAGGAAGAUCAAGGCCAGAAAAGGCAAAUGAAUGAAAACUAUUCUGCUGAGAGAACGAAUAAAACCAAGAGUCUACUACAGUAAA